UAAUCCAAGUGGAUUACGUUGCAAAUUGGGUGACAGUGGAGGCGAGCGGCUGCAAAAUCUGCCCGCAGACUACCGGCUUUCUGUCUUCCUAAAUAAACGCAAGGUGGAGAAAUUAACCCACUUAUUAGUCCUGGUUUCAACGAGGAGCAACCUGGAAGAACCUGGAAAACCCUGGAGAACCUGGAGGAAACUUAUAGAGUCUGUGAGAAGAACCAGUUUUCAUCUUUAACCUGAAGAAGUUUCUUUCUUCUCCUUGCACCAAAACUACAUUUCAGCUCUCUGUCUGUUUGUCCUGGAGGACGUUAAAGCCAUCAAAGAUCAUCUGGAAGUUUCUUCAAACAGGAUGAGAAGCUAAACCAGGAAGUGGCGAGAAGAUGCCGGCAGCAGGACGGGUUUACCCGGACGUGUCGGAGAGCAUUCGGGGUCGUCGUCCGCUCGCCGUCUCCCCCUCGCUUUAGCCAACAUGAGGAAGCCGUUUCCCACAAACUCUUUAUGAUCCUGUCGAACUUUCAGAGCCGAAACCAGUUCGCAAAAAAAACUGCCGCCAAAAUUUUUAGUUAAACGCAGGAUGGAGGGCAGGAUGCCGGCGAUGAGGAAGCUCCUGGGGAUUCUGGGAUUUUUCUGCCUGUGGAUUACAGCUCAGGCUCAGAUGAAGAUCCCACCGGAGACGGUGCAGCAGUGGGCGUCUGUGUUUUCUGUUCAGCUCCGAGAAUCCACAACCAAAUACUCGGGCUCUCUGCUGCUGCAGAAGAAACUGAAGGACGUGGAGUCCAUCAUUAAGAUCGUGGAGUUGAACGGAAACGACUUGGUGAAGGAUUACUCAGAUGAAAUCGAACGAAUGUUGGGAAGCAAGAUGAAGUCAGUGAAGAGGUUAGCGGAGUCUGCAGAGGACGCCGAUCUGUACCACGAGUUCAACGCUUCAUUAAUGUUCGACUACUACAACUCCAUGCUGAUCAACACGGUGGACGAGGACGGGAACAACGUGGAGCUGGGCGGAGAGUUUGCUCUGGAGGAGAACGAACACUUCAACAACAUGCCAGUGAACACGCUGCAGAGCGACAUCCAGAUUCCCACCAACGUCUACAACAAAGAUCCCAACAUCCUCAACGCCAUCUACAACUCGGAGGCGUUAAACGACGUCUUCAUCCUUAACUUCCAGAAGGACCCGACGCUCACCUGGCAGUACUUCGGCAGCUCCACCGGGUUCUUCAGAAUCUACCCCGGUAUUAAAUGGACUCCAGACUCCAACGGUGUGGCAGCUUUUGACUGCAGGAACAGAAACUGGUACAUCCAGGCAGCCACGUCUCCCAAAGACAUCAUCAUCAUGGUGGACAUCAGCGGCAGCAUGAAGGGGCUGAAGAUGACCAUCGCCAAACACACCAUCAACACCAUCCUGGACACGCUGGGAGAGAACGACUUCGUCAACGUCAUCGCUUACACGGACUACGUUCGGUACGUGGAGCCGUGCUUCAAAGGAACUCUGGUCCAGGCCGACUUGGACAACAGAGAGCACUUUAAGAUGCUGGUGGAGGAGCUGCAUGUUAAAGGAGAAGCAAAGAUCAAAAACGCCAUGAAGGAAUCCUUCAAAAUCCUCAACGAGGCGAGGGUGAACGGUCAGGGCAGCAUGUGUAACCAGGCCAUCAUGCUGAUCACAGACGGAGCCAUGGAGGACUUUGAGUCUGUGUUUGAGGAGUUCAACUGGCCCGAUCGCAGGGUGCGAGUUUUCACCUACCUGAUCGGCAGAGAGAUGACCUUCGCUCAAAACACCAAGUGGAUCGCCUGCAACAAUAAAGGUUACUACACACACAUCUCCACGCUGGCCGACGUGCAGGAGAACGUCAUGGAGUACCUGCACGUGCUCAGCCGACCGAUGGUCAUCAACCACGACCAUGACAUCAUUUGGACGGAAGCCUACAUGGACACUGUGCUUCCCAACACCAAGGAGCUCUUCACCACCAAAGCUCAGAGUCUGCUGCUCAUGACCUCGGUGGCCAUGCCGGUCUUCAGCAAGAAGAAAGAGACGCUGUCCCACGGGAUCCUGCUGGGCGUGGUCGGCUCCGACGUCCCGCUGUUGGAGGUGAUGAAGCUGGCGCCCAGAUACAUGCUGGGAGCUCACGGCUACGCCUUCCUCAUCACCAACAACGGCUACAUCCUGGCUCACCCUGACCUUCGACCUCUGUAUAAAGAUGGAAAGAAACUGAAGCCGAAGCCAAACUACAACAGUGUGGAUCUGUCUGAGGUGGAGUGGGAGGAUACAGAGGAGAAACUGAGAACAGCCAUGGUGAGAGGAGAGACUGGCAGCAGCAGCCUGAACAUCAGAGCCUCAGUGGAUAAAGGGAAACGACCUCUGUUCCUCGUCAACGAGUACUUCUACACAAACAUCGACGAGACACCUUUCAGCUUCGGCAUGGUGCUGACGAGGGGUCCCGGACAGCUGAUGUUCAUGGGGAAUGUGUCUGUGGAGGAAGGUCUGCACGAUCUCACCUCCCCAGACCUCAGCAUCGCCUCUGAAUGGACGUACUGCGAGACGGACAUCGACCCCGGCCACCGGAAAUACUCUCAGCUUCAGGCCGCCAUCCGCUACCUGCUGGGGAAGGAACCCGACCUCGAGUGUGACGAGGUGUUGCUGCAGCAGACGCUGUUUGACGCCGUGGUAACGGCGCCGCUGGAGGCCUACUGGAACGCCCUGAUGCUCAACGACAGGGUGGAGCCGGGGCUUGAGACCGCCUUCCUCGGUACUCGUGCCGGCCUGAUGAGGAUCGUGAGAUACGCAGGAGUUGAGACCAGAGUGGCAAAACGGUUUCUGACUCCUGUUGAUAAAGAUAACCUGUACACCAUCGAUCACUUCCCUCUGUGGUACCGUCUGGCCGUGGAAAACACUCCUGGAAGCUUCUACUACUACCCGGUCAACGACAAAGGAGUAAAAUACAUCAUAGCGACGACAGCAGUGACGGUGUCAUCUGAAGGAAAGACGGCGAUUGCUGGAGCUAUCGGGCUGCAGUUGUCCUUGGAUUGGCUGGAAAAGAGGUUCUGGGCCAUCGCCAAGCAGCCGAGCGACACCGACUGUUCAACCGUGGAAGGCGUGUGUCCUCUCAGCUGUGAGAGUGCCGAUCUGAACUGCUUCCUGGUCGACAACAACGGCUUCAUCCUGCUGUCCAAAGAGAGGAACGAGGUUGGUCGUUUCUUCGGCGAGGUAGACGGGUCCGUGAUGGCGUCGCUGAUCAAGAUGGGAAUGUACAAAAAGGUGUCGUUGUUUGACUACCAGGCGAUGUGUAAGAACAGUCAUCAUCACGCCAGCAGCGCCCGACCUCUUCUCAGUCCGUUCUAUGUCAUCGGUGCGUUAAUAAAGUGGUUCUUCUCCAACGCGCUCAUGUUCCUGCUGGACUUUAACCUCUGCGGACUCUGGCACUCGGAUUACUUUGUGGACGCCAAGGCUGGCUAUCACACCUCUCAUAAGCAGAAGAAGGUGGACGCUCUGCAGCCCUGCGACACGGCGUAUCCCGGCUUCAUGUACGACUCGUCUGUCAGAGAAGCAAACAGCCUCAUCAAGUGUGGACGCUGCCAGAAGAUGUUUGUGGUUCAGCAGAUUCCCGACAGUAACCUGGUUCUGGUUGUGACUCAGGCCGACUGCGACUGCUCUCGUCAGUACGGACCCAUCCUGCUGGAGCCCAAAGAGAUCAAAUAUAACGCCACAGUGAAGUGCAACAGGAUGAAAUCCCAGAAGGUGCGGCGGCGUCCGGAGUCCUGCCACGCCUACCACCCAAAGGAAAACGCUAAGGAGUGCGGCGGUGCGUCGGCCAUCUCCCUGUCGCUCUCUCUCUUCUCGGCCGCUCUGCUCGUGUCGUCGCUGCUCCACCGCUGGACGUAAGAAAACCCCACCGACCAAUCAGCACGCUCUGACGGCGGCGGCAGGAACAUAGAAACAAAAACAAUCGAGCAAGUAGCGAAGGAUGUUUACUCCACCAGAGGGACGUCGGCUGUUGAGACGAGCGUCGGCUCAAUCUGCAGCUUUUAAAGGGCUAUUUCAUUUAUUUUUUACAAACUUCCUGAAAUAAACUGAAACUUCGGAUUAUCUCGCGAGCUGUCGGACGGAUGUGAAACAGCGCAGCUCCUGGAGAAACGUUGCCAUUACACCCAAAGAAUGUCGCGUCUUUGUAGCUUUUUUUGAUACAGAAAUAUUGUGUGCGAGUAGUUUUAUACGCUCGAAUGAUUUUAAAAAAACGUAGGAAAAUAAAUAAGAGGUCAAGGGUCGACAGGGAAUACCAGACGUUAAAGGAGCAGCUAGACUUCCACCUGGAUACAUACUGACCUCUAGUGGCAGGUAGACGCACUAUGAGCGGUUUCCUGAACAUUUAUAAAUACGAGAACAAAAAAUGACCAAUUUUAUGUUUUUUAACCCUCUGGCCUCACUACCCUCUCACCAACAGAUUGAGUCUGUCAUUUUUUAGGUUUUGUAUGUUUUUUGCUGCUUUUACUGCGUGAAGUUUUUAAUUAAUAUCAGUUCUUGUCAUAAAUACAAAAUAUCCAUUCCGUUUUAGUUUUUUAACCCCUCAAAUGCCAAUUUGUGUGCACAAUGCGCUUGUUGGAAAACUACCACAAAAUGACCACUGCCCAGCUUCUCAGUGCUACUGGUUUUUCUUGUAUUAUUAAUAACACAGUCUGAGAUAUGUAACUGAUAGAUAAAACUCCCUCUCAGCUUGUUCGUGGCCAAAAAUGUCCACCUCCUGUUUACAUUUCCAAAAUGCUAUAAAAUUAAUAUAUAUAUAAAAAAAUUACACUUUUACUGACUGGAUUUUUAAAUUUACAUCAGUCCUGGUCAUGAAAACCAAAAUUUCCUUCAAAUUCUGAAUUUUAACCCUUUAAAUACCUGUUAGAUCACAUAAUGCUAAUGAUUUAUCACAUUGUUUUUACGAAAUAAUACAUGCUACCUGAUUUAUUCUUUAACCAUCAUUGCAGCCUAAUGUGUGUCAAUAAUAAUCACUAUCAAUGAUUUUUAUGCUUCAUUAGUUUUUUGUGCAGUGACAGAAAAACAUAAAAACUCCCUCUCAGCUUGUUCGUGGCAAAAAGUGGCCACCUCCUGUUUGCUUUUACAAAAUGCCCAACAAACACUAUAAACUGAAAAUAUUUGCUUCUUUCACUGGUUACAUUUUUUAAUUUGGCAUCAGUCCUGAUCAUGAAAUCCAAAAUUUUAAUCAAUUUGAGAACAACAGAACAACAACAGCGUGUGUGUGUGUGUGUGUGUGUGUGUGUGUGUGUCAGAAAGAGAGAGAGGACGAUAAACAGUGUGUUUCAGUGAGUGU